CCAGGACUGAGACUCUGGUCUGGAUCCAGGAUGAGUCCUGUCACACCUUCAGAGGAGGUUUAUUACAGCUGCUCAGGAAGUCUGUCUGUCUGUCUGUCUGUCUGUUUGUCUCACACACUUCACAACAACAACAGGCUGCACAAUAAAACCUCACACACACACACACACACACACACAGACACACACACUGGGCUCGGAGCCAUGGAGACACGUUGUUUGGUGUGUGCAGUGUGUUGUUGUAUAGGGGGGUGGAGUCUUUUCUUUGUGGAUGGGGGGGGGGGUCCUCUGGAAUGUGUGUGUGUGUGAACCAAACGAUGUGUGUGAUUUCCACACUGAGCUCUGAAGAUUAUCUGAUGAACUAAACCUGGAUCAGAAACCUGCUAACGUCAGGUUGGACUACAGAAACGCAUCAUCACUGUGGGACUGUGUGAUCAGCGAACCACAGAUACUGAUUCAAAUCUCACAUCAUCAACACACAAAGAUUAAAGUUGUUAAAAUCAAUAAUGUUAAUGUUAUACUGUGUUAUACUCAGAGUAUUACAGUACUUUUACUUUACGUUGUUGAAAUGAUGUUUUCAGUCAGGUUAGUUCAUCGGCCUCUGGCAGCAGGUGUUGGACCACGUGGUGGUGGUGGUGGUGGGGGGGACUCUGGGUAAUUGUGUUUAAUUGACUGAACUCUCUGAAGGAGGCUGUAAACUGACCUGGAGUCAGUGUGUGUCUCAGUCUGUGUGUGUGUGUGUGUGUGUGUGUGUGUGAGCAGCUGAACAUCUGCAGCAGCUGCUCACAGAGACACAGGAAGGUUCCCAGGUAAUAAAGUGGAGGGAGCCUCUGGUGGGGGGGGCUCUGUACCUUCACCUCCCCCCGCUCAGUUAACCAGGAGGUAAUAGCUGCCUCUCUCCUGGUGGCUCGGCCUCGCCCACUGGCCUCAGACUGUGGGAAAGCUGCUCCUGCCUGGGACUCAUGGCUUUGUGAUGCUAAUGUGGCCUAUAAAUAGAGGAGAGGGCUCCUCGGUCCAUCACAGCUCACUCUGCUCCACCAUGGCUCCGACCAACACCACACACUGUCCCCUCUCACUGCUCUCCACCAAAGACAGACACAAACUCAGGAAACCGCAGGUGGAGAAGAUGCGCAGAGAUCGCAUCAACGGCUGCAUCGAGCAGCUCAAGGUCCUGCUGGAGGAGGAGUUCCGCCGACAGGACCCCAACGCCAAGCUGGAGAAGGCCGACGUGCUGGAGAUGACCGUGGCGUUCCUGAAGCGCCGCCUGCGGCCGACCAGCCCCGACACCCACGGAUACUCCCGCUGCUGGGACGAGACGCUGCGCUUCCUGUCCCAGGACUCCCUGAAGGAGGCCACGCUGCACCUGCAGCACCUCCACCCUGCUGCCGCCACAGGACCCAACCUCUGCUCCUCCCACGGCCACGUCCAGGCUGCAGGGAAGCAGCUGCCCCCCCCAACAGAGUCCUGUGGAGGCCCUGGUAGAGGGUCUGGGUCAGAGGGUCCUGGUCUGGAUCAGAGGGUCUGGGUCAGAGGGUCCUGGUCUAGAUCAGAGGGUCUGGGUCAGAGGGUCCUGGUCUGGUCAGAGGGUCCUGGUCUAGAUCAGAGGGUCCUGGUCUGGAGGGUGUUUACAGUGUAA